AUGGACAUCAGGCUGCCCCUCGAAGAUGGCAAUCGAGCCCCCUACCCCCCUACGAAGCGACAAAAGAUCUCCCACAUCCCUUCGAGAGAUCCCCUACCCCACGACCGCUAUACAAUUGCAUGGAUUUGCGCACUGCCCAUCGAGAUGGCUGCCGCUCGGGCCAUGCUGGACGAGACUCACGGCGGCCUGCCCAGAUCCGGCAAUGAUACCAACUCCUACUGUCUUGGACGCAUAAAGUACCACAACGUCGUUAUCGCAUGUCUCCCCUUGGCCCAGUAUGGUACUGUCAACGCUGCAAAUGUCGUGACGGACUUGACUCGCAGCUUCUCAUCUGUUCGCCGAGGGCUGAUGGUCGGGAUUGGAGGCGGGGCGCCCAGUCAGGCAGAUGUCCGCUUGGGUGAUGUCGUCGUCGGGACACGUAUUAUGCAAUAUGAGUAUGGCAAAGUGCUGUCAGGUGGCGCGGUACAGCGAACUGCAAUCCCUAAGGUUCCUGAGCUCUCCCUCCGCAAAGCUGUUUCGACCCUACGAGCUGGACACGAACUCCAUCCCAGCCGGAUUCCACUUAUUCUCCAGGAGAAGAUGACUGCCCAUGUACAGUUCGGCCUUCCAAAAACGCCCGAUCGUUUGUUCCAGACAACAUACAAUCAUGAGCCAACAGCCGCGAGUUGUGACGACUGUGACAAGUCACAGCUCAAGGACCGGAAAACGCGUGUCUCUCUUGAUCCGGUAAUACACUAUGGUGCCAUUGCAUCGGGCGAUAAGGUUAUGAAGGACGGUAUAUCUCGUGAUGCAAUUUCAGAGGAGCUCGAUGCCAUCUGUUUCGAGAUGGAAGCCGCGGGGCUCAUGGAUAUUCUCCCCUGUCUGUCCAUUCGAGGGAUCUGUGAUUAUUCGGACUCCCACAAGGCUAAGGAAUGGCAAGGAUACGCAGCUGCUACAGCAGCAGCAUAUGCAAGAGAGUUUUUAGAGGUCUUGGCUGCGGAUGGUGAAGCGAAACAGUCAUCUAUUGCCUCUCCUUGUGAACAACCUGUUUCGGCCGAUCGUCGCAAAGAGCUGCUGAAAUUACUAAACUUCCAGCAGCUUGAUGCCCGCAAGGCCAAUCUUCAAAAGGCUCACAAAGAAACCUGCGAGUGGUUUCUUGCCCAUUCCGACUACCAUGACUGGCUGGACCCUAAAAAGAUACCACAUCAUCAUGGAUUUCUAUGGAUUAGGGGCAAACCAGGAGCCGGAAAAUCAAUUAUGAUGAAGUUUCUUUAUCUGCAUAUGAAGAAGAAAGACCAACCUGGACAAGUCCUUACUGCAUCCUUCUUUUUUGUUGCUCGAGGAGAUUUGUUAGAGAGGUCAGUCUCCGGCAUGUAUCGGUCCUUGCUCUUGCAAUUACUAGAGGGAUUUCCAGACCUGCAACGGGUUUUAGACGACCCGGAGCUGAUCCCCCGAAAUACGAUGGGAUGUCCUCCUCUGAAUGCUCUCAAGGAUCUAUUUCGUGCCGCGGUGUCCUCUCUUGCAGAUCGAUCGUUUACUUGUUUUAUCGAUGCACUAGAUGAAUGUGAUGAGCAGCAGGCCAUGCAUAUGGUCGAAUUCUUUGAUGAACUGACUGAACACUGCACAGAGAAUGGGCUUAGGCUUCAAGUUUGUUUCUCAAGUCGCCACUACCCGUAUAUUGAUAUCAGGUCUGGAGUCCGCCUGACAUUAGAGAACCAGUACGGCCACUCUCAGGAUCUGAAAGCAUACAUCAAAAGUCAUUUGCGGAUUAGGAACCCAUGCCUUGUGGAAGAACUCAUGCCACUAUUGCUCGAAAAGGCAGCUGGUGUCUUUCUUUGGGUUGCUCUUGUGGUGGAUAUGUUGAAUGAAGAGAAUAAUCGUGGCCGCUUGGCACUCCGGAAAAGGCUCUCCAAAGUGCCGAGCGGCCUCAGCGACCUUUUUAAAGACAUGUUAACAAGAAAUCAUAAGGAUAUGGAGGAGCUACAGCUGUCUAUCCUAUGGAUUCUUUUCGCAAAACGUCCACUAACACCUGAAGAGUAUUAUCACGCUCUGUGGUCUGGCUUAUCUUCAAGAGGGCUAGCCGAUCCUGAAAUGCCCAUCAUCGAAUGGCCAGAUGCCGAUGACUGCUGUAAAAGGCGUGUUACGAGUUCUUCGAAGGGACUAGCUGAAAUCACUAAAGUAGGGGGAAAUACCGUGCAGUUCAUUCACGAAUCCGUGCGGGAUUUCUUACUAAAGGAUAAUGGUCUCACUGCCCUGUGGCCAGAUCUAGGACCAGACUUUGAGAGCCAAGGCCACGACAGGCUUAAGUCAUGCUGCUAUGCAUAUUUUCGUCGUCCAAUCAUCGACGGGUUUUUCGAUAAUAAACAUGCCGCAACAGCGCCAACCAGGGCGCUGCGUAUGAAGCGGUAUCCCUUUCUAGAGUACGCCACUCACUUCAUUCUCGACCAUGCCAAUACUGCUGCAGAUGUGGUUUCUCAAGAAGAUUUUCUCGGUCAAUUUCCUUUUUCAGAUUGGAAACACAUAUUCAAUAUCUUUCAGGAUUACACGACCGAUAAAUAUGAUGAAGGGGUAGUUAUUCUAUAUAUGCUUGUAGACAGAGAUCUUCCAGCGCUGAUCCGAGCACGACUGAAAACGAAUGUCAACAUUCACAUUCAAGGAAGAAAGUUCGGAUUUCCACUUCUCGCUGCGAUGGCAAUGGGAAGAAAAAACUGCGUUGCAGCUCUAUUAGGCUUGUCAUCACGCUUCUGCGAUGGAAUCGAUAUUACAGAUGGCUUAGAGGAUGACACGCACUUGGUACGAGAACACCACACAGGUUUCACUUGGGCAUGUGGAAGAGGUUCCCUUACACUUGCUCAACUUGUCUUCCAAAAGUGUGUUCAUAUCGAUGAUGAAACUGAACAGAAGUCGAGGGGCCUGCUAGAGGCUUCGGCGAGCGGCAAUUUGGAGGUAGUGGAGUGGCUGGUCAAUUCAGGUGUUAACUUAGAGACUGACAGCGGCCGAGAGUCGCUCUCAUCGGCUGCUCACGGAGGCCACACAGCUGUAGUACAGCUAUUGCUUGAGAAGGGAGCAGUUAUUGAUUGCCAAGAUCGGCUCUAUAGAGAGACUCCGCUACCAUUAGCCGCUCUAGAUGGCCAUAUAGCCAUAGUACAGCUACUGCUUGAGAAAGGAGGAGCUAUCUAUUCUCAAGAUUGUCGCUAUGAACAGAGCGCGCUAUUAUCAGCUGCUGAAGGGGGCCAUAUAGCUAUCGUGCAGCUCUUGCUCGAAAAAGGGGUAGCUGUUGACUGCAAGGCUGGGAACGGACAGACCCCGCUCUCGUUGGCUGCUGAGAGCGGGCAUACAGCUAUACUAAAACUAUUGCUUGAGAAGGGAGCAGCCAUUAAUUCCUAUGGUGGUAGCGAUGGAAUGAGUCCACUCUCGUUUGCUGCCUGCAUGGGGCAAAUAGCCGUGAUGCAGCUACUGCUUGAGAAGGGGGCAGCUAUUGAUUACCAGGAUGAUUAUGGCUGGACACCGCUUUCGAGGGCUAUAUGCCAGAGGCACGGAGAUGCUGUACGGCUACUGCUUGAGAAAGGAGCACCUGUGGAGGCGUCAAGGGACACAGAUCGCUGGAUGCCGCUUUCAUUGGCUGCUUCCGUUGGGUCUCCAGGUAUUGUAAGGCUACUACUUGAGAAGGGAGCAGCCGUGAACGUCAGGGAUAAACAUGGCCACACACCGCUAGCAAACGCUGCCAGCUAUAGGCAUAGGGCUGUUAUACAACUACUAUAUGAGAACGGAGCAGCCGCAGAUACGAAGGAUGAAAAGGGCCGCACACGGCUCUAUAGGGCUCCUAAAAAUGGGUGUACAGAUGCUGCACGGCUGCUGCUAGAGAACGGAGUAGCUAUGGAAAUGAGGGAUAUCGAGGACCAAGGACCCCAUUCGAGGGAGGGAGCAGCUGUGGAUGAGAAGGAUAGAAUCAAUUGGACAUUGCUUGCUCAGCAGUUCUAUGACGAAUGGGCCGACGCCUAUGAGAGCGACAACAACGGGCUUGGCUACGCCUCUCCCCGACGCGCCGUGGAGGCGAUCAACAAGAACAUUGCAGGGGAUGCUCGUGAUACCCAAUUGAGAGUUCUUGACGCCGGUUGCGGCACCGGUCUCGUCGGCACCUGUUUGGCCCAGUCCGUCCUGGCCGGCCAAUUCGUCCUUGACGGUUUGGACCUAAGUCCCGGGAUGCUGGCAGCUGCGCGCCAGAAGGGCGUCUACCGAGAAUUGGAGGAGGCAAAUCUCAAUGAGAGGAUCCAGAAACCAGAUAGAAGCUAUGACCUUGUGGUCUGCGUGGGCACACUGACCGUGGGACAUGUCGGCCCAGAUGUGCUGCGCGAAUUUGCUCGGGUGGCCGCCCCCUCGGGCUUGAUUGUGGCGACUGUGCACAGUAGCAUCUGGGAAAGCAAGGGCUACAAAUCUGUGAUCGAAAACUUGCGAGAUGCUGGGAUAGUGCGAAUUGUGAGCACUGAUGAAUUUGGCCUCGUGGAGGAGGCAAGCACAGGAGGCAUCAUGGUCGUGUUGAGGAAGAACUAG